AAUGAAAAUUGAUGACUCUUUUUCAUAAAUACAUUCUUUCACAGAUAUUUCUGGUUCAGAUGGCUCACUCCUUUGUAUAUAUAAGGGAGUGCGUCUUGCAGUAUUUGGGCAUCCAGCAAUUAGAACAAAUACUACAUAACAAACAGCAAUGACAAUGGCCAUCAUUUCACUACAAUGGCUUCCUACACUAGCCCUAAUUUUCCUUCCAAUUCUUGCUUUGCUUCUCUUCAGAGGCAAGAAGAAGAAGAAGCAAGACCCAGGAGUGAAGCUCCCUCCAGGCCCUUCAAAGCUUCCAAUCAUUGGUAAUCUCCACCAAGUUGGAAGCUUACCUUACAAGUCCUUGUGGAAUUUGUCACAAAAAUAUGGCCCUGUAAUGCGACUUCAACUUGGCAGAACCCCUGCAGUUGUUAUCUCAUCAGCCCAAGCCUUUAGGGAGGUCAUGAAAGACAAUGACCUUGAGACUUGUAGCCGACCUCUCUCCGUUGGUCCGGGCAAGCUUUCUUAUAACUUUCUAGAUGUGGCACUCUCUCCUUACUCUGAUUACUGGAGGGAGAUGAGAAAGCUCUUCAUUUUCCAGCUCUUGUCGAUGAAGAGAGUUCAUAUGUAUUGGUAUGCGAGGGAGGAACAGAUUGAAAAGUUGAUUGGUAUCCUGUCCAAUGCUGGUCCAAACCCAGUGAACCUUACUGAGUUGGUGUUCAAUGUCAUUGAUGGCAUCAUAGGAACAGUUGCUUUUGGGAGAAAUUAUGGGCAAUUGGAAUUCAAACAGGGGUUUGUUAAAGUGAUUGGUUCAGCCAUGGACAUGUUGAGCAGCUUCCAUUGCGAGGAUUACUUCCCAACAGCAGGAAGAUUCAUUGAUAUGGUGACUGGACAGUUCGCCAAGCGUGAGGAGACCUUCAAAGUUCUUGAUGGCUAUUUCGAGAAGGUGCUAAACCAACAUAUGGAUCCCAAUAGGCCAAAACCAGAUAGUAGCAAUCAAGACAUUGUUGAUGUCUUGAUCGAACUCAUGAACGAUCAAAACGCCUCUUUUAAGCUCACCAGAGAACAUGUCAAGGCCAUUCUCUUGGACGUAUUUGUUGGGGGUAUAGAUACAAGCUCAGUCACAACAACCUGGGCAUUCUCAGAGAUGCUGAAAAACCCAAGAAUCAUGAACAAGGCGCAAGCAGAGGUAAGGGGGAUUGUUGGUAAGGCAAAAAGAGUAGAAGGAAGCGACAUUGAGAAAUUCACAUACUUGAAAAAUAUUGUCAAGGAAACAUUCAGGAAGCACGCACCAGUGCCUCUGUUAAUCCCACGCGAGUGCAUCAAACACUGCAAGAUUAGUGGGUAUGAUGUUUUCCCAGGAACAACUAUACUCACCAACACUUAUGCCGUCGGAAGGGACCCAAAAUGCUGGAAAAAUCCGGAUGAGUUCUUCCCAGAAAGGUUUGAGAACUCUGAUGUUGAUUUCAAAGGGGCUCAUUUUGAGUUGGUGCCGUUUGGUGCUGGGCGCAGGAUUUGCCCUGGCUUGGCUAUGGGAACCACUGCUGUGCUCUACACUCUGGCUAAUCUGCUUUAUGGGUUUGAUUAUGAGCUCCCAAAUGGGAUGAAAUUUGAAGACUUUCCAUUGAUUGAAACAGGUGGCCUCACUAUCCACAACAAGCAAGACCUCAUUGUCAUUCCCAAGAAGUAUCAGUGGAAAGAUUAGGGCUUUUUCUUGUACUUUUAAGUCAUUUUGAAGUCAUCAAUGAAAUAAAGAUAAUAUGCAA